CAUUUUACGCCACUUAGCCAGUAGCGCCGCUGUGACAGGAGAGUGCAUGGGUUGUUUACGUGCCAGGUCUUUAAACCGAGAUUUAUAAGAAACGUGAAGUUUUUCUUUCUUUGCUUCACUGAUAAUAUGUUUUAAACUUUGUUUAAACGCGGACUCGGUUAGUUGCUGUUGCUAACUUACGCCACGUCACUGACAAGCGGUUUAUUUUUAGCUGUUGUGUUUUCCUGGAUGGAUUGGUGAAGGCACUGAGUCAAAAUGCUGGUUCUUCGUUUACGAUCCAGUUAGCAAUAAGUGAAAAAGGGUGAGGGUUAGGAACAGGAACAGGGACUUCUCUUGGAUCGCUUUCCCUGAUCUGUGUUUGGGCGUUGGCGGCUUUGCUACUCCUGUACAGAUUUCAACACAACACAGCUAGCUUUCAGCAUCAGGAGUCAACAUGCCCGGGAUGGUCGUGUUUGGUCGGCGAUGGGGCAUCGCAAGCGAUGAUCUUGUCCUUCCAGGAGCUUUUGAGUUAUUUAUCAGGCUUCUGUGGUGGAUUGUAACCCUAAGCCUUUACAUCACCCACAGAGGCAAAUUUGAUUGUCCUGGAGGUGCUGUUCUUCACAGCUACAUUAUUGUUCUUCUUGUCCUGCUUGGAGUCAUUAUCAUAACUUUAUGUGUCGUCGUUUACGUCAGUGCUCAAGGAACCAUAAUGAACCCAGGACCUCGUCGCUCUAUGCCAGUCCUGGUGUACAUUCGUGGAAUCCUUUUCCUCCCCGAGUGUGCGUGGGCCUGUCUCGGAGCCGCGUGGGUGUAUGAGUACAGUGCAGGAUGUGAGCUGACUGAAAUUGGGCUUGUACUUGGUACUGUGAUCGUUAGCUGGAUCAUCUUUGUCUUCAUGAUGGUCGGCGUGCUGGUUGUGUUUGACCCGCUGGGCAGCCUAUGGCAUCCUCCUGUGACUCAGCAUUCGGACUUGAGGGAUCUGGAAGGCAACGAGUCCUCGCAGCUGUUUUCCACAGCGCGCUCGCUGGCCGUACGUGUGUGGGAGAGCCGGCUGCGUCUGCUGUGCUGCUGCCUGCGUCAGGACGACAACAACAGAGCAGCCUUCUCCAGCAUCGCCCAGCUCUUCAGCCAAUUCUUCUCGGACACGGACCUGGUGCCCAGCGACAUUGCUGCAGGUCUGGCCCUUCUACAUCAAGAGCAGGAUAAAAUGCAGCAGUGCAAAGACCCUGAAGAUGACGUUUCCCACAGUCCUUCAUCUCCCAUCAGAGAAGAUCUGGAGACCGAGCUUGAGAAAGCGGCGCAUUACAUGCAGUUUGCUGUAGCUGCAUAUGGCUGGCCCAUUUACGUCUAUUUAAAUCCUCUGACAGGAUUCUGCAAGCUGAGUGGCAACUGCUGUAGUAACCGUAGUGCGACGGAGUAUGACCUGGUCGGAGGUGACGACACCGGGUGCAAUUUCUCCGCCAUCUUACACAUGACAGAACUACAGUACCGAGACUUCAUUCACGUCAGCUAUCAUAAUCAGAUCUACGAGAUCCCGUUCUAUGUUGCACUGGAUCAUAAGAGGGAGGCUGUACUGGUUGCUGUGAGAGGAACACUAUCACUAAAGGAUGCUUUGACAGACCUCUCUGCCGAGUGUGAGAACCUGACUGUGGAAGGUGUGUCAGGAGCCGCUUAUGCACACAAGGGCAUAUCUCAAGCAGCUGAGUACAUCUACAAGAAGCUGGUCAACGAUGGCAUCUUGAGACAGGCUUUCAGCAUUGCACCUGAGUACAAGUUGGUUAUCGUGGGCCACAGUCUCGGCGCAGGUGCAGCAGCGCUGUUGGCCGUGCACCUCCACAGUACUUACAGCACUCUGAAGUGCUACGCUUUCUCACCACCAGGGGGCCUCAUGAGUAAAGCGCUUGCUGAAUACUCCAAGCAGUUUGUGGUCUCUGUGGUUCUGGGAAAGGAUCUGGUUCCCAGACUGAGUAUUCCAAACAUGGAAGAUUUGAAGAGGAGGCUAUUAAAGAUGGUAUCUAAUUGUACUAAACCAAAGUACAAAAUCCUCUUGCAUGGCUGCUGGUAUGAGGUGUUUGGUGGAACCCCACAUGACUGUCCCACUGAAAUGGUGAACCGGCGUGAGGAGCAGCUGGGUCGGCCUUUGCUGGGUGAGGAGAGCCUGCUGGUGCAUGGUUCCACCUCCUACCAGAGCCUGUCUUCAGACGACUCCCCCACGCACACCACCCACCUUCCUCUCUACCCGCCUGGCCGCAUCCUGUACAUCACAGAGGAGGGACCCUCGCGCAGGAUGUGCUUCUCUCCGGUACACUACCGCGCUGAGUGGGCGAGUGCGACGGCGUUCAACAGCGUGCUGAUCGGCCCGCACAUGCUCGUCGACCACAUGCCAGACGUAGUCCACAAGGCGCUGCUCAGCCUCACCAAAGAGCGACAAUCUUCCCUCUGCCCCUCCUCUGCCAGCAACGCUCACCUGAACGUCAUCUGAGUUCCUGCUGCCUCCAGCUCAGAUCCUGCAAUGACUGUGGCAGUGAAUGCACAAGAUGGCUGGAGGGAGAUGCACUGUUUAAGACCUCAGCCUCAAAAUUUGAGAGCAGUUUGUCUCUUGGGAUUUUAUUUAUGUUUUCAUUUGCCAUUUAAGUGGUGUAUGAUUUUUGAAAUAAUACAGUACCAUAUACAUACAUAAUUAUCUUGGUGUUCAAAGUCCGGUGUGCGUUUCUCGAUAUGCCAAGUUUAUGAAGACCGUUAUUUUUAUUUAUUUUGUAGAAAGCUCAACAUGGACUAUUAGGACAUGUAAGGGAAAGACAAUUAUGUAACUGUGAAGCAGUGGUGUCCUGUUUUUGUUUUUAAAAAUGCAGGAACAGAUAUGGUUUGCAUGAGAACUAUUAAAUAUGGGCUCAUGUACUUCCAUACAUGUUUUGCUCAAACUCUCUGGCCAUUCGAUUUUUUUCAUGAAUUAAUAAAUGUCUCCGAGUCAUGCAA